AUGUCGAACGACCGCAGCUCUACGAGCGAAAAAUCGCCAGAGUCUACCCAACAUGACACAGAGAAAGGGGUAUCAGAACAGUCGGUUCACGAAGUUCCUCUUGGAGGAGAGUCUAGUGAAAUAUUUGGGCAACUCUCACUCUGGCAAAAGCUGGCCAACUAUGGCGUUGAGUUGAGAGGUGUCCAGCCCGUGCCCUUGGAAGAGAGGACGGACACCAGUCUCACAACUGGAAUUGUCGGCACUCUCGAUUACGGCAUGAGUCUAAGGGAUUCAUUUUUGGUCAUCUUCUUCUUCCAAUUCUUAACAGCCAUUCCACCUUGCUAUAUGGUAACUAUGUCACCGAGAACUGGCAUGCGACAAAUGAUUCAAGCUCGUUACUCUUUUGGAUACUAUCUCAACAUAGUCCCAAUCAUCUUGAACAUGGCAAGCAUUAUGGGAUUUACAAUGAUUUCAACUGUGGUUGGUGCCCAGUGUUUAGUGGCAAUCAGCAACAAUGGUCUUUCAGCUGGAAUAGUUAUCAUCGGCCUCAUAACCAUGAUCAUGACGAUUACCGGCUACAAAAUUAUGCACGAGAUCCUACGCUAUGCUUGGAUCCCCACACUCAUCGCUAUCAUAAUAUGCGUGGGAGCGGGCGGAAAACAUCUCAAACAACAAGUGCCAACUGUGCCAGUAGAUGCUGCGACGGUGAUAACCUUCGCUUCACUGAUCGCUGGGUACAAUCUUCCAUUUGGAAGUACACUGGGAGACUACGCUGUGUACAUGCCUCCAAAUGCUCCAAAAUUCCGUCUGUUCCUCUACGCUUGGAUGGGAAUCUCUAUUCCGAGUGUAGUUUUGAUGACCCUAGGCGCUGCCAUUGGAGCCACGGUACCCGUGAUCGAUGAAUGGAACGCAGCAUACGAACUAAACUCAAUUGGAGGUGUUAUGGCGGCAAUGCUUCAUCCGAUAGGCGGGUUUGGAAAGUUCGUCACCCUCAUUCUCGCGCUCUCGGUCAUCGCCAACACCGGACCAUCUAUCUACUCAGUUUCUUUGAACUUCCAGAUCCUGAUUCCCGGCCUCCACCGCGUUCCAAGAAUUGUCCACGUUAUCACUUCGACUGGAAUCCUGAUUGGUGUUGCAAUUGGAGCUGCCAAGCAGUUCGAGACAUCUCUUCUGGCCUUCCUUGGUGUUAUUUCGUACUGGUCUGCUGGAUUUGUCGGCAUUCAGCUGACGGAGUGGCUCGUUUUCCGUCGCAGGAAUGCCGAGACCUACGAUGCGAGCAUCUGGAACAACAGGAAGCUUCUGCCUUCUGGUAUUCCAGCAAUUGUAGCUCUUCUUGUCCCUUUUGCCCUUGUAAUCCCAUCCAUGGACCAGACUUGGUAUAUUGGUCCUGUUGCAAAGAGGACAGGAGAUCUUGGUUUUGAGUUUGCACUCGUUCUUACACCGUUUAUCUAUUAUCCUCUACGAAAGAUUGAGAUAAGUAAAUUCAGGAAUGGCCGCCUAUAA